CACCUCACCUCAAGGGUAACAUAACAUAUAUCCGUUCUCAUCAUCUCAGUGAUAUAACAAACGAGACGACUUCAUCUAUCUAUAUAUAAUAUAUCUGGUUUUAAUUGUUUGAGAGAGACAGCGCGAGAGAGAAGUUGAGAUUUAGAAAAAAGAAAAAGAAAGAAUGGCAGGAGGAGAUGAAGUGAAGGAAGUGAGGAACCAGCAAGUGCUUGCUAGAGAUUACAUAAGUGCGAUUCCGGAGGAGUCAGACAUGUACUUGAACAGAAGCAGCACCAUAAAACUGAGAGUUCCAGAUGAAGAUGAUUGCCAAGAGGCCAUGCUGCUCAAGAACCUCUACUUGUCCUGCGAUCCCUACAUGCGAGGCGUUAAGCACAGUGAUGCAACCUCCUCGACUGACCAAGAUCGCAUUGUUUUCUUUGCCACCGACAAACCAAUAGUUGGAUAUGGAGUGUCUAAAGUCGUAGAUUCUAAGCAUCCAGAGUUCAAGGCAGGCGAUUUAGUUUGGGGCAUAACAAAAUGGGAGGAGUAUACUCUCAUAAAAAACACUCAAAGUUUCUUCAAAAUCAACCACACUGAUGUUCCCCUUUCCUACUACACUGGAAUUCUUGGUAUGCCUGGUAUGACUGCUUAUGCUGGUUUCUAUGAGGUGUGUAAUCCUAAGAAGGGAGAAUAUGUGUACGUCUCAUCCGCAUUUGGGGCUGUUGGUCAGCUGGUUGGCCAAUUUGCUAAACUCAUGGGUUGUUAUGUUGUUGGAAGUGCUGGGAGUCAAGAAAAGGUUGAUAUAUUGAAAAACAAGUUUGGGUUUGAUGAGGCUUUCAAUUAUAAGGAAGAGGCUGACCUGGCCGCUGCUUUGAAACGGUAUUUCCCACAAGGCAUCGACAUUUACUUUGAGAACGUUGGGGGCAAAAUGCUUGAUGCAGUGCUCCUCAAUAUGAGGCUUCACGGCCGCAUUGCUGUGUGUGGGAUGAUCUCGCAGUACAAUUUUGAGCAGCACCAAGGAGUCACCAACUUAAUGCAUCUCAUUUAUAAGCGUGUUCGCAUGGAAGGAUUCUUUGUGUUUGAUUUCUAUCACCUCUAUCCCAAGUUCUUGGAUCUUGUGGUGCCCUACAUCAAACAAGGCAACAUCACUUAUGUGGAAGACAUUGUUGAAGGCCUUGAGAAUGGUCCUGCUUCGCUCGUCCGCCUUUUCUCUGGCCGCAAUGCUGGAAAAGCAGUCGUUGUUGUUGCUCGCGAUUAAUCUUAAUUAAUUAUUUUUUGAAUUAUCCAUCAGUUCACUUCUUGUAUAAGUAUUGUGUUGUUGUUUGUGUUUGUGUUUACUGUUCAAUCGAUGGGAAAUAAAGAAAGUAUAUAUCAUGUUGUUUGUUGGUCGUUGGGUACGUCA